UCAUGAUCUGAGACAAAGGCGGACGCUUAACCGACUGAGCCACCCAGGCGCCUCUUCAUUAUAGUUUCUUGAGGUUUUAAAAUUUUCUACAAUAAUGGGGAUGAUUUUCAUAAUCAUUUGUUGCAAGGCAGGUUCCCUGGAGGCACAGCCUGAGAUAGGGAUUUGGGGUUCAUGAUUUGCAGAGGGAGCACACUGUAGGAGGAGACUGUAAGAAGUAGCAUUGUGAAGGGGAAAUGGGCUUUUCAAAGAUGUGGUUCCAAGUCAAGUCUAGCCUUGAGCUGAUUUGGGGGGUGGGCCGUGGAGUGCAAAUUGAGCCAAGAGAUACCCCAAGACAAAAGGCCUGGCCUUUUGCAUGCCUGGGUUAGAGAGUCAUUGGCUGCCCCCCGUUGGUGAGGACGUAAACUGCAGGUGGUUUUUGGGUGAGCAAGUCCCUGUCAGCAGAGGGCUACUUUUCAGAGAACUGGAUCUGGAAGAGGAGCCUUAUCUGCCAGCAGGGCAGGUAAAGGAUAUCUGCGUGAGACACCAGCAGUGUCUACAACAAUCACUUACAAAGUUAUUUUUAAGAAAUAAAAAAAGAAAGCAAAUCGUAAGACUGAUCCUCCAGAGGUUGGCUCUUUGCGCCCUUGGUUUCUGCCAUCUACACUUGCUGCUGGGCCUGAUGAAAUGGUUAACCAAUAUAGAAGUCUUGGCUCUAGAUCUGAGAGAAAAUAGGAUUGGCCUACGGAAUUGCAGAUUAUCCUGUUUCUAAACAUAGGAGUCUUUAUUUAAAAUAACUAUGGAAGGAAACAGUGCUUUCUUUCUAUUCCUUUUAAAAUCCGGGAUCCUUAGCAAAACAAAAGUAGGAGCUAUUUAAAUGUAUCCCUCAACUUGGAUUGUUGCUGGGUCUGAGGUUUUCACUUCUGCACCUGCCUUCUGGGCAGCCUGCCUUGCCCUGUCUUCCAAGGGCUGCCUUGCUACUUUGGUCUGGGCAACAGGGGGGCCAGAGAAGGCAGUGAGUUAGAGGUGCUUGGGAAUUCCAGGUCCACCCCUCUCCUCUCCCAUCUCUGUGCGCUCUCUCAGGGAAUGGUCCUCAACUUCCAUGGAAUAUUCCCAUAGCCUUGGGGACCGCCACCACAGAGACUGGGAAUUGUAGCGUUCUGUUGCUCUGGUGACCAGUUGUCCAGAGCUUCUGCAUUGGAUCUGCCAGGGUUCUGGAAAGAGGCAGGUCUGGCUGGGCCAGGCUUGGAGGAAGGCUUUGGAGCAGGAGCCCAGAACAGCCUAGGCUUGGCUGUACUUGUGUUUCAGUGAUGACUACCCUUUCGGUGUUCAUGGAUGUGCCCCUAGCCCAGAAGCUAGAAGGCAGCUUGUUAAAGACCUACAAGCAAGACAUUUGUCCUAACAAGAUUUUCCUGGCUUUUAGAGUCUGCCAGACCAGCAAAGGCCAUCCCUGGGUGUCUUCUGUGGUGCCCAAGAUGCGCCUGCAGAUCGCCCAGGAUCCAUCUCUGAACUACGAGUACCUACCGGUGAAUGGCAUGAAGUCAUUCACUGAGGCGGCCUUGAAACUCCUUUUUGGAAAGCACAACCAAGUCAUUGUGGAGAACAGGGUAGGGGGUGUGCACACUGUUGGUGACAAUGGUGCCUUCCAACUUGGGGCCCAGUUCCUCAAAAUCUGGUGUAAAGAUUCUCAGAUAGUUUACAUUAUUUCUUCUAAAAAAGGUGAGUUAUUAUGCAAAAUGGGGGUGACAGAAGAUCCUUCCCUCCUGUUCCCGAGUACCACCCCAUUUGCCAUCUUCACUGUUGCCCUUCUCACUCUCUGUCAUGAGCAAGAUGGCGGACAAGCCAAGUAUGCUUGUCCUUUUCCUGUUAUCGUCCCACCUUCUACCAGUGACCCUCAGACCCAUUCCCUGACACGUUUGCCUCCAUUUCCUCAGUACCAGCUGGAGGGGGGCUGUGUUCCCACAGAACCCUAUGGACUCGUCUUCCAGGACAUGGGCUUUACAGUUCGUGAAUACUCCUUCUGGGACUCCAAGCAGCUGUGCAUGGACGCCAACGUGCUCCUCAAUGUGGCGGAGCAGGCCCCGCAUGGCUGUAUCUUUGUGAUUGGGAACAUUUGUGACUGCAACUUGACACAAAGUCAGUGGGCAAUGUUGAUGGCUAGCUUGAAGAGCAAGCAGAUAUUCCUAUUUUUUGACAUUUCCAGUCAAGGUUUAUCCACCGGGGACCUGGAAAAAGAUACUGGAUUCUUACAGUACUUUGUGUCUCAAGGCUUUGAGUUCUUCUGCAGCCAGUCUCUGUCCAAGACUUUUGGCAUCUAUGAUGAAGGAGUAGGGAUCCUGGUUGUGGUGGCACUCAACAACGAGCUCCUGCUCUGCGUCCUCUCCCAGCUGAUGAAACUCACCCAGGCCCUGUGGCUAAACCCUCCUACUACUGGUGCUCGCAUUAUCACCUCCAUCCUCUGUAACCCUGCUCUUCAGGAAGAAUGGAAGCAGAGUCUGAAAGGGCUUGUAGAGAACAUCAUGCUGAUCAAGGAAAAGGUAAAGGAGAAGCUCCGACUCCUGGGAACGCCUGGCUCCUGGGAUCACAUCACAGACCAGAAUGGGUCCCAUAGCUAUCUCGGACUCAAUGGGCAUGCAGAAGUGAUCAGCCUCAUGGGGCUGGGCUUCAGAUCCCAAAGCCUGUCUGGCAAGACUAAUGGGUUCCUGCCUGGGAGGUAAAUAGCAGCUUUCCCAUAGAUUGUGAUUCUUAGGCCAGGAGGUGGGGCCUCUGUCUACAGGUCUCAUAAUCGAGGAGAAUUGCAAGCAAGUUCGUGGAGCAAGUAGAGCGAGCUUACAGAUGGAUUUAUCUUGAGUCCCUGUGUUUCCUCACCGAUGGAUGAAGAUAGAAUUUAUUCAUCCAGGUUUUCUCAAUCUCUAGGACUCUUGCUUUUGGAACCCAAGCCACUGAUCUGUGGACAAUCCAAGCAGGCUCACUGAGAGUCAUGUGUGGGUAUUUUGGCCCUGGUCCUAGUCGAGAUCCCACUGACAGCCAGUAUCAACAGUUAGACAUGUGUUGAUUCCAGCCUCCAACCUUCAAGCCAUCCCAGCUGACUGAAUGAAGCAGAGAUAGAGAUAAACCAUCCUGCUGAGCCCUUUCCUUAUUACCAAUCUAAGAGCAAAUGAAAUGUUGUUAUUGCUAAGACAUGAUGUUUUAGAGUGAUUUAUUACACAA